GUGGAGCGCGCGCCUGCUCAGUGAGCCGAGGGCCCUGUCUAAGCCGCUCCCUCCGGGCCGCCGUACUGUUUCCCGGUGGGGUUGGUGAGGCAUGGAGCGGGUGGGCGGCGGUGGCGAUUGCUGCGGCUCCUCCUCCGCAGAUCCGCGAAGCACCUUCGUGCUGAGUAACCUAGCGGAGGUGGUGGAGCGUGUCUUCACCUUCCUGCCCGCUAAGGCGUUGCUGCGGGUGGCCGGCGUGUGCCGUUUAUGGAGGGAGUGUGUGCGCAGAGUGUUGCGGACCCAUCGGAAUGUGACCUGGAUCUCCGCGCUCUCGGCGGAUCCCUGCCAUCUGGCGCAGCAUUGCCUGGUCCGCGUGGUAGCCGAAGAGCUUGAGAAUGUCCAUAUAUUACCACAGACAGUUCUUUACAUGGCUGAUUCAGAAAAUUUCAUUAAUCUGGAGGAGUGUCGUGGCCAUAAGAGAGCCAGGAAAAGAACUACUAUGGAAGCAGCAUUUGCCCUUGAGAAGCUCUUCCCAAAACAAUGCCAAGUCCUUGGGAUUGUGACCCCAGGAAUUGUAGUGACACCAAUAGGAUCACGGAGCAAUCGACCUCAGGAAAUAGAAAUUGGAGAAUCUGGUUUUGCUCUAUUAUUUCCUCAAAUUGAAGGAAUAAAAAUAAAGCCCUUUCAUUUUAUUAAGGAUCCAAAGAAAUUAACACUAGAAAGGCAUCAACUCACUGAAGUAGGUCUUUUAGAUAACCCUGAGCUUCGUGUGGUCCUUGUAUUUGGCUAUAACUGCUGUAAGGUAGGAGCCAGUAAUUAUCUGCAGCGAGUCGUCAGCACUUUCAGUGAUAUGAAUGUCAUCUUGGCUGGAGGCCAGGUGGACAACCUGGCAUCGCUGACUUCUGAAAAGAGCCCCCUGGACAUUGAUGCCACUGGUGUGGUUGGACUGUCAUUUAGCGGACACCAGGUCCAGGGUGCCACAGUGCUUCUCAACGAGGAUGUCAAUGACGAGAAGACUGUGGACGCUGCAAUGCAGCGCCUCAAGGCAGCGAACAUUCCAGAGCGGAACACCAUUGGUUUCAUGUUUGCAUGUGUCGGCAGGGGCUCUCAGUAUUACAGAGCCAAGAAGAAUGUGGAGGCUGAUGCAUUUAGAAAGUUUUUUCCUAGUGUUCCUUUAUUUGGCUUCUUUGGAAAUGGAGAAAUUGGAUGUGAUCGCAUAGUCACUGGGAACUUUAUAUUGAAGAAAUGUAACGAGUUUAACUAUAAUGAUCUAUUUCACAGCUAUACAACAGUAAUGGCACUGAUUCAUCUUGGGUCAUCUAAAUAAAGCCACCUGUAACGUGGCUUUCACAAUAUAUAACUUGCAGGGUCUGCCUUUUCUGGAAAAUGGAAACUUGGGAGGUGUAUAUUUCAGCCAAAAACUUUAUAUGUAUCUGUUUUGUAGCUUUGACACUCUAUAAAGAUUUUUUUGGUAGUUUUUAAUGUAUUAGAUGGAGGACAACUUUGUAUAUAAUGUAAUGGGGACCCAGAAUUGAGAACUUUGGCAUCAGGCACAAGUGAACCGAUUAUGACUAUUGAACCAGGCUGUGUGACAGGACUUUACAUAGUCUUCUGCAUGGAAAGACUGAGAAAGGAUCCAUCAGUGGAAGGAGAGCUGAGACAUUCCAUGACUACCUCUGCAGUGUGAGAUGUUCUUUCAGCAGAAUCAUGAAGAUUUUUUUCUUCCUUAAUAAAAGAGAAAACUAUACAGACGGCUUGAUAAAUUUUUCUCUGCUUUACAGUUCACCAUGUUUUUCAGAAGCUGUAACAAAAUUAUUACUGACUUUUUACUUGAUAAGUAUUAAAGAACUGUUUUGUUUUAGUACUCUAUAAAGUUGCUUAGUCAAAUGAAUUGCCAAGACUAAUCCAUAUUCUAAGGGAAAACAUUUUCCUUUUUCCUCAAUAAGGAUAUUGCAACAUGGACAAAGGAUCGCGGCUAGAGUCACACUUGGGUAUCAGCUGUUGCCUUUGUGUGCUAGAGUCCGGGAAGAGUAACUGCUGACCUUAGUCACUCACUGUGGCCCUCAGGGCAUAAUCACCAGCAAAUAAACAUCAGUGUCGAGAUUAAAAAAAAA